AUGUCGUCACUUACACCAUACCUUCUGACCGCCGAUGUAGGUGGUACCAACAGUAGAAUGGGACUAUACUGCAUAGACAGCACGGAACCAUUGGCUGUGAAGUACUAUCGGAACGAGGAUUGCCUCACCCAAAAGGAAGAUGGUAUUUUUGAGAAGAACGUCAUCAUCCCUUUCCUACGACACUGUUGGGAAUCCAACAGUUCUAAUCUGAAGCCGCUGGAGGAAGUGGAAAUCAUAGGUUGCCUGGCGAUUGCCGGACCCGUUCGUAGCAACGUUUCGUGGAUGAGCAAUCUCCACAACAUUGAGAUUGAUGGAUCAGCCAUUGCCGAGCAUACACACGUCAAGAACGAUCUCUACCUGGAACGCAUCAAAGUUUGUAAGAUCAUUAACGAUUUCGUAGCUCAAGGGUACGGAUGCUUGACUCUGAAACCAGAUGAAAUGGUUGAGUUGAAACACGGGUCAUUUGACAAGAUGGAUUGUGAGGGUCCCAAGGUCUGUAUUGGUGCAGGCACGGGUUUGGGAGAGUGCUUCUUGACUCCAGAUUCUCAGGGGCGAUACACUUGCUAUCCUUCCGAAGGCGGCCACGUGGAAUGGGCGCCUCGAAAUGAAUUGGAAAUCGAACUGUGGAACUAUCUUCGCGACAAGUUCUCAUACCGAAAUAGGCUUUCGGUAGAACGAAUUGUGUCUGGACCAGGGUUGGCCAACGUAUAUGAGUUUCUGGCUUUCAAGUACCCAGGUAGAAUUGAUCCGAAGGUACACGCUGAAUUUGAAAAGGAAACAGAUAUGAAAGCCAAGGUCGUGGCGAUGAAUACGAAAGAACGCUCUCUCUGCCUUCAAGCAAUGGAAAUUAUGAUGGGUGCCUAUGGAUCGGAGGCUGGUUCUUCUGCAAUCAAAUUCAUCCCUACUGGUGGCCUCUUUGUCACUGGUGGGUUGACACCCAAAAACAUCAAAUUCAUUGAAGGCCAAGACAGUCCUUUUAUGAAGGCGUACAACGACAAAGGUCGUGUGAAACCAAUUUUAGAGUAUGUGCCUGCGUUCGCAGUGCUGACAGAAGAUUUGGGAGUCCGAGGAGCCCACAAGUGCGCAGUACAGGAAUACGAAACCUAUCUCAAUGAAGGAGAGCAGAAACGGAAACGGAACUAG